ACUGUCAGGGGACAGCAUGGCGGACAUGCAUGUGGAGCCUCAAAACAAAUCGCACCGAUUGUCCAGCUAACCCCGCCGUGUAAAACCAUCGACACCUCGAGCUGAACGGGGCUGGCGGUGCCCGCGCAGACAGUAGGAUGGACGAGGAGAACAAACUUCAGUUCCCGUCUCUGCCCGCGACCAAGGAGGAGCUUCUGGACUGGGCUUAUCCUAUGAGACGGGAAAUGCAGGAGAUAUUACCUGGACUCUAUUUAGGUCCCUACUCUGCUGCAAUGAAAAGCAAGCUGCCAAUUCUUGAGAGACAGGGCAUAACACAUAUUGUGUGUGUCCGCCAAGAUAUUGAAGCCAAUUUUAUCAAACCUAAUUUCCCUCAUUCAUUUAGAUACCUUGUGUUAGAUAUUGCUGACAAUCCAGUGGAAAAUAUUAUAAGAUUUUUCCCUACAACUAAAGAGUUUAUUGAUAGCUGCUUAGAAACAGGAGGAAAGGUACUGGUUCAUGGUAAUGCAGGGAUAUCAAGAAGUGCUGCCUUAGUGAUUGCGUACCUUAUGGAAACAUUUGGAAUGAAGUACAGGGAUGCAUUCAGCCACGUUCAAGAGAGGAGGUUCUGCAUUAACCCAAAUGUGGGCUUCGUGCAUCAGCUACAGGAAUAUGAAGCGAUCUACCUAGCCAAAUUGACCAUUAAAAUGAUGUCACCCAUGCAGUUGGGAAGGUCCUUCUCCAUACAAGCGGGGAUGCCAGGGAGCCGUAAACGCAGCCUGGAAGAAGAUGAUGACUUUGGAGCAAUGCAGAGACGACCAGAAUGGGGCAGUCGGCAUAAGGGAAAGUAGCCAGGACGUUGCCCAGCGGAGGACAUGAGAGAGGACUAGCUAAUGCCUUUAACAUCAGAGUAAUAGGAUAAAGACUAAUAUCAGACUAAAUGUGGGAUAGUGUGGAAUGGAAAAUAACUCACUGCUUAAUAAAAAGAAGUCUGACUCAG